UUCCACUCAGAGCAAGAAGGAUGGCUCUGACCUUGUGGUUGCUGUUAGCUCUGAUUGGCGCAUGUGGCGCCCGAGGUCGCCCUUCCAUGCCGCUCAAGGUGCCCAACGCCAACACUGAAAGUAAGUACUCACUUGUGUGUAAUGUGAUAUGUGACGAGGGCGGUUUCUCUUUCUGGCGGGGCGCUUUCUGUGCAGAAAGGCGAGAACUGCUCGGGGCCGUCCACAGAAGGCACAAGAGAUGGCGGAAAUGGGAACGUCAUCAUUCGCACAGCGCAGCUGGCUGUACUGCAGAAGAUGGCCGCGGGGACGUCAUCCUUCGAUGGAACAACCAAACACUCGACACCGUCCGCUCGAAGGAACUUGGGGCGGCGGAGGCCUCCCGGACCUACGCAAUGGUCAACUUGGCCAUGUUUGACGCCGUCAACGGCAUCGACCUUUCGUCGUCCUCAAGCAAAACCUGCCCCCGCUACCCAGCCCUUGUUGGGGCUGUAGGAGCCCCCAAGUGCGCCGACAGAGAGGCUGCGGCCGCUGCAGCCGCUCACGCAGUGCUCGCGGGUCUCUAUCCGGACAUGGCUGAUACCUACAAUGCGCAAUUGGCAGAGGAUCUUGAGUCCCGCAGCGGAGACAACUUCGACAGGGGCGUCCAGUGGGGCGCCAUGGUCGGCCGCCAAGUCGUCACGGCCCGCAAGGACGACGGGUCGUCCCCGUCGGAAACCCUCGCGAAAAGUGACCAAGUGGGGGAGUUUCGACAGGACUGGACAAGUGCACAAUACCGCAAUAUGGAUCCCUUCGGCAUCAAAGACAAGGCGCCUUACCGCAGCCCGGGGCCUCCCGCUCUUGACAGUCCCGAAUACGCCAGGGACCACAGCGAGGCGCGUCUGGAAGGCGACGCUAGCGACUUCAACCAGACAAAGGAGGAGAUAUUCCGGUUCUGGAAGGGUGGCAGCGGCUCCGCCCGGCCCCCAGGUGAGUGAGUGAGGGGAUGAUGGUACAUACCUACCUCCGUGGCUCACCGGCAGUUUCUCUCGAUGCAGGUGAGUGGAUCAAGAUCGGCCAGGUGGUGGCGGAGCAGCAAGGGACAACAAAGUCGCUAUCAGGAACGGCGCGGCUGUUUGCGCUCUUGAGCGCUGCGUUGGCCGAUUCUACCAUCGUCGCUUGGGACAGCAAGUUCACGGUAUGUGUGUGUGGGUGGGGUGUGCACUCAGCUGCACGACUCGACUCAUCGACCCGCAUCGAGUCCAUCGUUGUUCUCUCUCUUUGAAUGUGCCAUGCAGUAUCGCCAUUGGCGGCCCCAGACGGCCAUUCGAGAGGCCAACACGGAUGGCAACAGCGAGACGGUGCAAGUGGACGGCUGGACGCCGCGAAACGGCAGCCCGGGAAGCUCACCCGAACACACAUCAGGUACACACACGCAUACCGUAGCCAACCGUGUACCUGCAGCAUGUCGACCCCCUGCCUGUGUCUCUCGUAUGGUUCUAUCUAUCUCUUGCUGUCGGCCUGACAGGCCAAAGCACGUUUGCCGGUGCUGGGUCCACCGUCCUGGCCGCCUUCUACUGCACCGACCAAAUCACAUUCACAUUCGAGGGUACUGUGCGCAUGAACAGACGUGACGGGCACACACAUGUUUUGGAUGCGUGUGUGCUGUGCUGUGCUGUUUUGUGUAUGGGUCUGUGCAGGUGACGACGCCAUCGCAGGGGAGCGAACGUACACCAGUUUCUCAGAGGCGGCCGCUGAGGCCGGCCAGGCCCGCAUCUUUGCUGGUAUCCACUUUCGGUUCAGCGAUCAGGCGGGCCAGGCGGCCGGCCGGGCCCUUGCAAACGAGAUACUCGGCUCCUUCCUUCGGUGCCGCCAUUGCUCACACUGUGCUUAAUUGAAGACAAAAUGAACGAGCUGGGGGUGCGAGGGAUGAGAGCGGGGUGCGGCCAGGUACAUGUGUGUGUGUGUGUGUGUGUGUGUGUGCGUGUCCAAGCGGUGAUUGGGUGGGUGUUGCUGGUGCUGGCUGGUAUUUUUCGGUCACUCGCUGGCAGUUUUUGCGUCCAUGCCGUGGCGGCAUCGAUUGCUAUAGCAAUUGUGCAAUAGCCCAAGUGAAUGCCACAGGCAGUUUUUUCUCUUCCGGUGUGUGGGAGGCUGUCCAGCUAGUGUGUGUCGGCGUUUUGUGCAGUGUGAGAAACAUCAUCACAGCGACCGACGGACGGACAACGUGAGCGCAUUCCAAUCUUCC